ACAUGUUUCCAUACAUUUAAUAAUACACACAGAACACAUUAGGGCCAAAUGACAAAGUUCCCAUUGUCAAUCAAACCGGCUCUUGAAACAGCCUUGAAAAACCCUUCUAGACACAUUACCAUAUCCCCUUUGUGGUUUCAUUUUGUUACAGGUCUUUGUUGCCUGGAUAUCAGAUGUGAUUACGCCUGCGUAGUCCAUUAAAAUGUUGGACUCCAAUGACACCUUCUUUUCCUUGGACAAUCUCUUCUUUGAAGGGCCUGUCGUCCACAAAGUGAAGCCAAUGUGCCAAGGGGCCAGUUCAUGGAGGUUGGAUGCUCCUCCAUCCACCUCUCAGAUCCCAUGCACCCAGGACAUCCAGAAAGAGGCAGAGACUCUCUCGUCCUUAUGCAAUGUCUUGGGGCCCUUCCCAUCCAAAUUCAUCAGUUCUCACGGCCUACAAAACCAUCAGGGAGAUACAGGGAAUAAUCAGGGGAACAAGGGCGGGGCUGACUGUUUUUGGGGAGGCCAGGGUUACUUCAGCCACUCUGAGGGACGUGGAGAUGAAACACCUCUGGACAAUGGCCAUGCAGCCGCUAACCGAAGGGCUUUGUAUGAAGAAUUUGGAGAAAGCACACCUCAACGAAGAAGUUUAUUUAAACCCUCCAGGGGUCAGGUGUUGCACGGCCAAAUCGACCCCUCCAACACUGAUGACCCCGGCAGCUGUACGAGCAGCCGCAUCAGCAGUCAGACAACAUCUAGGCCUCAAACUUUCCCCCCUUCGGUUGCCUUGGAGACCGAGCUGCCUCCUCCUUGUCAUCAGCCUCAUCCCCCGGCGACUGCUCUCCAGUUGGCACCCCCUUUCUGCUCAGAGCCCCCCUUCUUCUCCCGCCCCUGUCUGGGCUUGUCUGCAGCACGUGCAAGCCGACCCCCCCCCCAGCCGGCGGUGGGGGAGAUGCAGAGCAUGGGCACAAAGAGAGCACACGUCCCCCCCAUGACUCCCCAGCCCCUCUACAUACAAGGCUCAGCUGCGAAGGGUGUAUUGCGGCCUGUCUCCGAAAUUUCAGCAAAGUUUAGAUCUGUUUUCAAGGAGUUCCCGUAUUUCAACCAUGUUCAGUCGAAAGCUAUGGAUGAUGUUCUUUACACAGGUAAGAACUUUGUGGCGUGUGCCCCUACUGGAUCUGGGAAAACGGUGCUGUUUGAGCUCGCAAUAAUCCAUCUUCUGAUGGAGAGCUCUGAGCCUUGGAAGGAUGUCAAGGCUGUCUACAUGGCUCCAAUCAAAGCUCUGUGCAGCCAGCGCUUUGAGGACUGGAAGCAGAAGUUUGGCCCGUUAGGGCUGACCUGCAUGGAGCUGACCGGAGACACAGAGAUUGAUGACUUCUUUGAGAUCCAAGAUGCCCACAUCAUCAUGACGACACCUGAGAAGUGGGACAGUAUGAGCAGGAGAUGGAGAGACAACUGUCUUCUGCAGCUCAUCAGACUCUUCCUCAUCGACGAGGUGCACGUGGUGAAGGACGUGACCCGCGGGCCCACGCUGGAGGUGGUGGUGAGCAGGAUGAAGGCGGUGCACGCUCACCGGCCGGGAGGGCGCCCACAGCCAGACCUGUCCGUCAGGCUGGUGGCCGUGUCAGCAACCAUACCCAACAUCUCUGAUAUGGCUGAGUGGCUGUGUAACGAGAGCGGCCCGGCCUCCUACCUGGACAUGGACGAGAGCUACCGGCCGGUGGAGCUCAGGAAGGUGGUGCUGGGCUUCCCCUGCAGCCCCAACCAGAACGACUUCAAGUUUGACCUGUCACUCAACUACAAGAUGGCCAACAUCAUACAGACCUACUCGGACCAGAAGCCUGCUUUAGUGUUCUGCUCCACCAGGAAAGGAGUCCAGCAGUCUGCAACGGUGCUAGCCAAGGAUGCCAGAUUCAUAAUGAGCAUUGAACACAAGCAGAGACUGAUGAAACAUGCAAACUCCAUCUUGGAUUCCAAACUGAGAGACCUGAUGAUGCUUGGUGUGGGGUACCACCACGCUGGAGUGGAUGUUUCAGACAGGAAGAUGGUGGAGGAGGCCUUCACCCGGGGAGACCUGCCUGUUCUCUUCACAACCAGCACGCUGGCCAUGGGUGUGAACCUGCCGGCCCACCUGGUGGUGGUCAAGUCCACCAUGCACUAUGUGUCAGGCUCCUGUGAGGAGUACAGUGAGGCUGACAUGCUGCAGAUGAUUGGACGAGCUGGGAGGCCACAGUUUGACACGUCAGCGACUGCAGUGAUCAUGACCAAGAGCCAUACCAAAGACAAGUACAUGAGGCUGAUGAACGGGGUGGAGAUCAUUGAAAGCAGCCUUCACGGCCACCUGGUGGAACACCUGAAUGCAGAGAUCGUCCUGCAGACCAUCAGUGACGUCAGCAUGGCCCUGGACUGGAUCCGCUCCACCUUCCUGUACAUCCGGGCCCUCAGGAACCCCCAGCACUACGGGUUCUCACCCGACCUGGAUCGGAAUGGAAUUGAAGCGAAACUGCAAGAGCUGUGUCUGAAAAACCUCCAGUCCCUGUCCUCCAUUGGUCUGAUCAGCAUGGACGAGGACGUCAACAUCAAGCCCACAGAGGCUGGCCGGUUGAUGGCCAAGUACUGCCUGGCGUUUGACACCAUGAAGCAGUUUAACGGCGUGAAUGGCCACGAGACGCUGGCUGAGAUGGUGGAGCUGGUGUCAAAGAGCAGAGAGUUCAGCGACGUCCAGCUGAGAGUGAGCGAGAAGAGAACCCUGAACACGCUGAACAAGGAUAAGAACCGUGUCACCAUCAGGUUUCCUUUGGACGGGAAAAUACGAACCAAUGAGAUGAAAGUGAAUUGUUUGAUUCAGGCCCAGCUGGGCUCAAUCCCAAUACAAGAGUUUGGACUUUCACAAGAUACAGCCAAGAUCUUCAGAAACGGAACACGCAUCAGCAAAUGCCUGUCAGAGUUCCUGAUGCAGCGCUCGAAGCUAGGGCUCUCUGCUCAGCUGAGCUCCCUGAUGCUGGCCAAGUGUUUCAGGGCCAAACUGUGGGAGGACUCCCCCUACGUUUCCAAACAGCUGGAGAAAAUAGGUCUCACCCUGUCCACUGCCAUGGUGAACGCUGGAUUGACCACCUUCAGCAGAAUAGAGCACACCCAUCCCAGAGAGCUGGAGCUGAUUGUGAACAGACAUCCUCCAUUCGGAAACCAAAUCAAAGAAUCUGUGGUGAACCUCCCCAAGUAUGAAGUGAGCUUGGAGCAGCUCCCGAGGUACAGCUGUGCCACGGCGGAGAUGGUGGUGACGGUGAAAAUGAAGAACCUGGAGCAGCUUCUGUCCAGGAAGACGGCCCCGGAUCGCCAGCACCACUUCACCCUGAUCAUGGGAGACUCGGACAACAGAGUGGUCUUCCUGCAGAGACUCACGGACUCUGUGCUGCUGAAGUCUGGUAGCUGGUCCAAGAAGGUGGAGGUGGUGCGGUGCUCCAAGGGAGAGGAGAUCAGCGUUAAUCUGAUAAGCUCUCAAUACGUGGGGCUGGACAUCCAGCAGAAGUUCAAUGCCUUCUACUCUGGGCCCAGGAGGUUUGAGGCGGGUUCGGUCAACCCUGCUCACCAUACCCAGUGGGAGAUCCAGAAGAUGCCUUACAACCCCAACAUUAAAGAGAAGAGCAAGCCUUCUGCUGUGAAAGAACAAUCCUCAUCACAGGCAGUGGUGCAAUACAAUACCGCAUGUAAUACGGGCAAGGAUGCAUGUGAUCUUGCACAAAAUCCGCCUAAGAGACAGUGCAACCACUUCUGUAAGAACAAGGACGUUUGUGGCCAUGAAUGCUGUAAAGUAGGCGUUCCAGUAGCACAGAAGCGGCAGCCGAACCAGGAUCCUACCUUCUCCUCCCACCUCAGAGACCUGAGGAGCCGCUGUGACACGCUCACAGAGACCCCGGUCAAGAGGCUCAGGAUGAAGAUCAGUGGGGAAUCCAUGUCUGCGAGCAUGCAGCAGUUCUCCUACAAACCCAAAGAGACGAUGCCUGCUCUACCUACGUCAACUAUUCAACCUCUCAGACCCUGGACGUACUCGGCGGAUCCCUACGAAGCUCAGUCUGACGUUGUUGAUCUGACGAGAGACGGCGAUGUCACCGGUCUAGAGGAGCCUGACUAUGAGUACCUUGACCACCUGGAGGACAUCUAUGAGAUGAUGGGAGAGGAGAUGCCUCCCUCUAGUCCUCCUCUCCAAACCACUGGUCCAUUUAGUCAUCAGCUACCAACGCGCGUGUGUGCCAAUCCAGGUGCAUCAGUGACAAGACAAUCAGCUUCCCAUGCAGAUGCCAGUUUCCUCCCGGGGCCAUAUGCGGAGACAGCACACCCGUCUCCCUCCACCACCUCGGUGGAACCGGGUUCAUGUCCGGCGCCGCGUCCCGCUGCGGAUAGCAGCUACGCAUCCGCUCCACAGGCCCUGACCAACGUCAACUUUGACCUUGGAAACGAGUGGGAUGACUGGGAUGAGUUGGAUGACGUUGGCGAGGCAGACUUGCUAGUGCAUGGCCCAGAGAGCUCCCAGUCCACCCGCCGUCCACAAGAGGUCCAGGCUAGCCCCCGGCCCCCCAUUGGCUACAACUCCCUGAGAGUUGGACUCCAUUCUGGACCUGCCCCGACACCAGCCCCCCCCCGGGGCCCUGGUCCGACGCAGCCCGACUCGGUCUUCACCAGGCCCAACACACCUCUAAGUUACCACGCAUUGCCCACCUCACGUCAAAGGUCUUUGAAGCAGUGUCUUUGGCUGGUCGAGUUUGACGGUAACGGUGGUUGUGAUGGCUGUAGGUCCGUCUCCUCCAUGCCUGUGGUCAGAGCAGUAGGCUCCUCUGCUAUGGCCGGACCCUCCAACAGAAGUGCAACUGCAUGGAAUGAAAAGAGAGAGCAUGUAUUGUGUGAUACGUUGACUGUGCAGAACCCAGAAGUCUUCAUGGAGCAGAAGAAGACUUGUGUUGGACCUCGCUCUGGACAGUUUGAUUUCUUCUCAGAGAGGAACAGCGAGCCAGAGAGUACUGUCUGCAACAACAGAUAUACCAAGGAGGAAGAGGCUUUCGUGGGCAUAUUUGAUGGAAUUUUCUAGUCAUGACCUGAUUUUUCAAACUAGAACGCUAUGUCACAAGUGCUUUCUGCAUGUUUUGACAUGCAUAUAGAAAUCCAACAAAAGUGACUUGACAUUUACAUUCAUUUUCCCCCACUGUUCCUGUUUAUAUAAGAAUACAUUGUUUUUAUUUGGAUAUUUGUAUUCCUAUUGACUGUAUGUGUAGCCUUUUUUACGUUGUUGUUCGUAUGUUCAGAUUGACCGAUAAUUAUAUUCUCUUUAUUAAAACUAUAUUUAUAAUGAUGUUUGGGGGUUGAAUUUGUGCAUCCCUUCUCCCUGAUUCCGGUUUCCGAGUUCAUUCUUCCGCCAAGAGACUUCG